GAAAUAAACGUAUAAAAAUGUCGUACACGUUGCAAUAUGUAGUACCGCCCACCGAUUUGCAGGUUCACAAGUUCGGUUUUCCUUUCUUCUGCGUCUAACUAUAAAAAAAGACUCUCAAACAGCUUCAACCCUCCGUUUACUCUCUCAAAUUUGUCUUCCUCUCUCUGAAUAAUUCUCUCUGCAAAUGUCGGAAUCCAAGACCAAAAUCGAAUCCCUAAGGGAAUGGAUGGUCGAGCAUAAGCUCCGUGCUGUUGGGGCUGUGUGGCUUACUGGAAUAGUCGGGUCAAUAGCUUACCAAUGGUCAAGUCCCAAGAAAUUUCAAGUGAAGGUGAUUCAUUCCAGGUUGAAUGCACAGGCUAUCACACUGGCUGCCUUAUUUGGUAGUGCUGUUGUUGAAUACUAUGACCAUAACACUGGUAAAAAGGCAGACAAGUAUGCCAAGUACAUGCACAUUGAGAACUUCCAGAACAAGGAUUAAGUAACGUCCCAUGUAACAGCCAUGGUGGAGGUUUUGCUACUUUUUUAAACAGAAGGGUUUAUGGUUAUCUGCAACCAAUGUUUUCCUUGGUUGUACUGGCUUAGUUAGUAUGGUGCAACUCCGAUAACCAUUUUGCUUACAUUGAGGUAAUCAGGGCAUCUGGACUUUUGAAUGCCGUCAAUUUGUUAUACAGAAUAAUUCUUAUCUCCGCUGUGAUUGAAGUUCCUUACAGUUCUAUUAUGUUUUUGUUUCUGCUGGUUGGGUCAUUUGUGCUGCUGAGCACUGGUUAUAUCGAUGUUACAUCCUGUUAUUCUUUUUAGUGUAAUUAUGAUCAUGUCUAGAUUAUGGUAUUCCAUUCUGUACUUAUACUUACAAGCGUGAAUGUUUUGCGAAAUGGUAGAGGCAUAUAUGCUAACUG